AUGUCGUACACCUACAGCCGUGAACGAGACUGGGACGAGUCCCGCCCUGUUUCCAUCAAACGUUACGUCAUUCCAGCCGAGGACGACCGUCGAGACUUCAUGUCGCGACACGACGACUAUGCCGGCGAGCGCGAGCUUGUCAUUCGUCGCAAGGCCGAUCGCAGUGAACCCAUGACUAUUUCGCGGUACGAGCGAGAAGUGGACUACGAACCACCCGCUCGCCGCUUUGAUCGAGAUUUCUAUGAACGUGAGUCCCUACACCCAAGCGAUGCCCUUCUACAUUCCCACCAUGCCCUUCGACCCCCCUUGGACACCCAGGAGCGAGUGAAGCCCCGUACUUUUCAUGCCAUUCGAGAACAUGUACUCAUUCGUCAAGCCCGCGAUCCAUACUCUCCCCGCGAAUCCGACUACAAUGUUGUGCGCCGCUCGGAAGCCGACGAGGAUCCGUACUACUACCACAGACAUCGUCGAGUCCGCGAGUACGAUGACCGUCGUUCUCGUCGCGAGCUGAGCCCAGGAGAUUCCGUUUCCCAGGCAAGCCACCGCCGUGGUGAUCGCGACCAAGACUACAGCAGCGAUGACAGCAUGGUCUAUAUUCGCAAAGAGACCCGCGACUACGACGACCACCCCCACCACCGCCGUCACCUCGCUGAAGGUGCAUUGGUUGGUGCCGGAGCAGCAGAAUUGAUCCGCAGCCACCGCAAGCGAGACGGUGAAGAAGUCAGCGACGGCGCCGGCCGUCUUGGUAAGACUCUUGGUGCUGGUGCUCUCGGUGCAGUGGCUGUCAGCGCUGCAUCACAUGCACGCGACUACUACCGCCGCAGUAAGAGUCGUCACCGCUCGCACUCCUUUGACGAUGACCGUUCGUCCCACCAUCACAGCCGCCACAGCCGUGGUCGUCAUCACAGCCGGAGCCGCAGCCGCUCUCACUCACACUCUCGUGCCAAAACCCUUCUUGAGUUGGGUGUUGGUGCCGCUGCUGUGGCUGCCGGUGUAGCUGCAUUACGCAGCAAGUCAAACAAUGGCCGCAAGAGCCGAUCCCGCACUCGCUCCCGUUCUCGUGCUGCCAGCAGAGGUCGUUCCGUUAAAGAUGGCAAAGAUGCCUCCGAGCGUAGCAUGUCAGAGCGCCGGAAACACAUGGCUGGCGCGGGUUUGGCUGGUGCAGCUGUCGCAGGGCUUGUCGAGAAAGUCCGAAGCCACUCCCGCUCUCGCAAGGGCGAGCGUUCCCGUUCCCGCAGCAAGUUCAGACAAGCCCUCCCAAUCGCGGCUGCCGGUCUAGCCACCGCUGCAGCCACCGGUCUCUACGAAAAGAAGAAAAGCGAAAAGGAUGAGAAAGAUGGUGUGAGCCGUGGCCGCCAUCGCUCAAGAUCCCGCAGCCGUGCCCCCUCCGAGUCUUUCCCAGACCCUGCUCGGGACUCAGCCGGCCUGAUCGAGUAUGGGAAUCACCCAGUCACAGGCAGCAUCCCCGCUGAGCACUACUAUGGUGCACCUGCCAGCCCUGGCGCGCCGUACUACUCCGACGGACACGAGGCGUAUCCUCCACGUCGCCAUAGCCGAAGCCGCAGUCGCAGCCGUGGUGGCCGCUACAGCAGCUCCGACGGCUCUGAUAGGGAGCACCGCCGCCACCGCAGCAAGAAGCACCGCAGCCGCUCGCGCGAUAUUGCAUCGGCCGCCCUCGGUGCCACAGGACUUGGCUAUGCAGCCCACAAGUACUCACAGCGCAAGGACCGCGAGAAGUCCAAGGAGCGUGAACACUCCCGGUACGACCACGAUCCCAAUCGCGAUCCUUACGAGGAAUCCUAUGACCCCGAGCCCUACCCGCCUUCGCCCCACGCCGGAGCCCAGGCACCGCCCAUGGGCGUCGACCCCCACUACUACCCGAACAGCAACUACUUCCCCCCGCCACCGGGCGACUCAACUCACAACUUGAACACCACCCCUGCACCCUAUCACCCAGCUGACUACCCUCCCCCGCCUGGUGCUGCACCCCAGCCCCAGCCUUACAGCUAUGGCGCCGUACCACCAGGCCCGGGAAUGGGGCCAGAAACUUACGCUCCUCGACCACGUAGGGCAGAUGAGAAUGUGAGCCGCCCUCCCUCCUCUAAUAAGAACACCGUGCACGAUGGUCUAAAGAGCCAUAAUCCGUAUCCAUCUUCUCCAGCUCGGUCUAGGUCGAAUAGUCAGCCGGCGCAGGCUUCGAGCUCGAAGUCUGUUGCGUUUGACUUGACGCCUGACAAGGGUUACGAGACGGAUGAUAGUGAUGAUACCGUUGGCCCUGAUUCGCAAAGAGGUGGCAGAUCCCAUCGCCACCAUCAUCGACGUCGCUCUUCAUCUGUUCCUCAUUCGCCCGUGUCUCAUCAUCGCCCUAGCUCUGGUUCCCGUUUUUCAGAUAAUCACCCCGAUUCUCAUUCUUCUCGCCAUCAUGAUCACCGGCACUCUAUCCACGGCAAAGAUAAGGCCUCUGAACCGGACUCCGACUCAACUGAGGAUUUACCUGACCGCUUUGAUUCCCACGGUCGUCUCAUCCAAGAGCGUGAUCCUGCUCUUGAGAAGUUCGAGGAUCUGGUAAAUCGCUUCAGCAAGGUUCUUUUCUGA